AUGCAACCCGAGGAGGACUUUGAAGACUGGCCUCAGGCGCAAGAUCCCUCUACCUUUUCUCACUACCCAAGUCAACCACGAACCCCAGAAGAAUCCCAGUCUCUUAAGAUCAAACUCAACAUGGCUCCCGUCACUCGCGGUGCCACACGCCAGCGUACAGCGUCCGUUGCCUCCGGAUCUGAAUACCACGCGAGCAAUGCCUCCAUGGAUGCUGAAGAGCCUAUGAUUAACGUCGAACCAGCACCGGCCCCGAUACAGGUAUUCACAACCACUUCAAGAGGGCGGAAGAUUGCGCGCAAAUCUUACAAAGAGUCUGGAAGCGAAGAUGACCCGCUAGUAGCAGAUUUUCCGUUGUCUCCUUCCAAAAUGGAUGUUGAGCCUGACUACAAUGAUCACGGAGAGGACGAAGAUGAGGAGAAUCAGCCCCGCUACAGAACCAGACACAGUACUCGACUUGCUCCUAAAAUGAACGGGACAAUCUACAGCGACGACGAGGGCCAACCUACAACCAGCCGGUACGAGACGCGGAGCAGAAGCAAGAAUGUGAACGUUGUUCCCGAAAUCAAUGGUCAUUCUAGUAGCAGGCGUAUCACACGUCGCUCUGGAUCUCGUGCACAGGCCUCUAAUACGCGUUCGACGCGUUCUCGGACAGCAACACGACGGACCCGUCAGAAUGGACUGGCCCGGGACGACGACGACGGAUACGUCCAACCAUCCUCCCCCAGUUCGGCGGACGGGGACGGUUCGUUUGAUGAAGCUGCACAUACGUCUUCUGAAGUAGAUGCUGACGCAGAUGCCGACGCGGAGGGCGACAUAGAUGCUGAGGUCGAAGUGGAGCCGGAACCUGAGCAAGACGGACGACCAUACGCGUUGCGUCAACGUACAAAGAUAAACUAUGCCAUUCCUCCACCACUGGAGGAAAUGGCCAUACCAUCUAAACCUCGUCCAGGUGGUGGUCGACAUCAUGGACGGAAUACAGGCUUGGGGAGAUCGAAAGCGCCUGGAUGGAGCGCUACAGGAGCUGAACUGAGUAGGUGGAUGGGUGGCGCAGGGGAUGAUUCGGAUUCAGACCAUCCAGGUCGCAAUCCGAAAAAACCUUUCGCUGCUGGGAAUUCAAUGGGUGGCGUAUUUGCCGGGGGGGCGGGAGGAGGGCUGUAUCCGUCCGACCUUGCUGCAGCUGCUGGUACUCCGUCGAAUUUGGGUAAAAUUGGCGAUGCAUCCUUGGCAGAUGCCGAUCCCCUCGGAGUAAACCAGAACGUUACUUUUGACGAGGUAGGAGGACUUGAUGACCAUAUUAAUUCAUUGAAAGAGAUGACACUCUUGCCUCUCUUAUACCCUGAAGUAUUUCAACGGUUUAACCUCACGCCACCCAGGGGUGUACUUUUUCACGGGCCGCCGGGAACAGGGAAGACGCUCCUUGCGCGAGCAUUGGCCGCCAGUUGCCGAUCCGAUGGAAAGAGGAUAUCGUUCUUUAUGCGCAAAGGUGCCGACUGUCUGUCAAAGUGGGUUGGUGAAGCCGAACGACAAUUAAGGCUUCUCUUUGAAGAGGCCCGGAAUCAGCAACCUAGUAUUAUCUUUUUCGACGAAAUUGACGGUCUCGCGCCUGUGCGUUCCUCAAAACAAGAUCAGAUACAUGCGUCCAUCGUGUCGACGCUAUUGGCUUUAAUGGACGGCAUGGAUGGAAGAGGGCAGGUUAUCAUCAUUGGUGCCACCAAUCGGCCAGAUGCUAUAGAUCCCGCCCUCCGUCGGCCCGGACGCUUUGACAGGGAAUUUUAUUUUCCGUUGCCCUCACUAGACGCGCGGGUGCGCAUCUUGAGGAUCAUGACGCAAAAAUGGGCAGACUGGGAUAGUGAUAAAGGGGAAGAGCAUGUGAAAGGCUUGGCAAGUUUGACAAAGGGAUAUGGUGGUGCCGAUCUGAGGGCUCUUUGUACGGAAGCCGCGCUUAAUGCUGUUCAAAGACGCUAUCCGCAGAUUUACAAGACCUCGGAGCGCCUGCUUCUGAAGCCCGAAACUAUCGGCGUAGAACUACGGGAUUUCAUGAUCGCGAUCAAAAGACUAAUCCCCUCAUCUGCACGAUCGGUAUCGUCUGCGGCUGCUCCCUUGCCCACUCAGCUAGCGCCUUUAUUGCAAGAUUCUCUGGACAGGGCGAAAGAAGUCGUCGACAAGGCGCUGCCACUUGGGAAGAAACGUACAGCGUUGGAAGAAGCUGAGUGGGAAGAUGAAAGUCAUGAGAAUGCCCUGGAGCGAGAGUUGCUGCUUCAAUCCAUGGAAUCACUCCGUGUAUAUCGCCCUAGAGUCGUUCUGCAUGGUGUGGUCGGCAUGGGCCAAUCGUAUGUAGCGGCCGCACUGCUGCAUCAUUUGGAAGGGUAUCAUAUACAGAGUUUGGAUUUAGGGAGUUUGAUGAGCGAUUCCACAAGGACUCCCGAAGCGGCCAUCGUACAAUUAUUCGUUGAGGCAAAGCGACACCAGCCCUCGGUGGUAUAUAUUCCGUCACUGGUUGGGUGGUGCGCGGCUGUGUCUGAGACAUCGAGGACCACGGUUCGUGCCAUGCUAGAGACUUUGGCCCCAACAGAUCCAGUACUGCUACUCGCUGUGGUCGACGGUCCUUUUAAAACUCUGCCGCGUGACGUCCGUGCGUGGUUUGGACAGGCACGGGACAAUCGAGUGGAACUUAACGGACACACUACAUCACAGAGGGAUGCUUUCUUCGACAGUUUACUAACGGAUGUCAGCAGACCGCCAAACCACUUUCCAGACGGUGUCAAACGGAAGAAGCGGAUACUUGAAGAACUCCCUAUCGCCCCGCCGGUGGAGCCUCGACAGCCUACGGCAGCAGAAUUGGCGCUGCAAGAGGAAAGCGAUCAGCGCGUCGUCACUUUACUCAGAUUUCGUUUAGGUCCCAUCCUCCAAGAGCUAAAACGUAAAUUUAAACGCUUUACUAAGCGAGCCGUGGAGGAAUACAAUUAUGACUUUCAGGUUGCGGUAACGAACACAGACCCGAACGCGAAUGUUGUGAAGGAAGUUGAAAUUGUUACAACUAGCGUGGAAGUUCGGACAGAGACAAAUGGCGCUAUGGAAGUAACGGAGCAACAACACACUGAGCAACAGGUCGUCGAGGCGCAAGCUGAAGUCGUCGUCAAUGGAAUUCAUGAGCCGGUACCUCAACAGCCUCCUGAACCCCGACUGUUCGAUAUCGACUUGGAGCGAAUGCAUUUCGACUUGUACCGGAACAGAUAUCUUACUCCUGACGAUUUUCUUACCGACAUCAGGAGGAUUGUCCACAACGCUGAAGUUCGCGUGCAUGAAGAUCCCGACAGACUCUUCAGGGCGCAGGCCAUGCUGACAGCGGCUGAAGUCAGUAUCAAUGACUUCGAUCUUCAGUUCCGGGCUGAAUGCGCGCGAAUGGCCUCGCGUGAACGCAAGCGAAGGGAGGAGUACAAAAAGAGCAAGGAGAAAGAGGAGAAAGCGGCCGCGGAGGUUAACCCCAAUGGCUUAUCACCAGUGUAUGCCCCUGGUACGCGACGCAGCGCUCGUCAUAAUGGACAGCAGCCCGAGAUCUCAAUCACCGAUCCAACGGUGCUUGAGAGGCGGCUGAAGAGACCGCGAUCCACUUCUGCUGUUGCGACGCCUUCGGAAGACGAGGCAGGUGAGCGGGGGCAGAAGCGCUCUAGACUCGCCAGCGAAGUAGAUGAGCCUAUGCCAGGUCCAUCUUCGCAAGAAUGUCAGCCUGGUGUGCGCUUUAUAGACAAUUCGGAGCCUAUGCAAAUUUCUCCCUUUCUCUCCCAACCUCAGCCUAAUGGCGUGGACGAAGUUAUAUUAGCUGAUGAGGGACCACGAAAGUCGGGAGGGUUUGAUCCGUCCUUACUCAAUCCUAUGCCAUCACCUGCCUUGCAAGCGGGGCCUGCAAGCCCGAUCACGACGAUCGAUUAUAGCGCUUUCGUCUCGCAUGAUGGACCAUCGCCUGCAGAACCUCCAAUGGCCCAAACCGAACUUCGAUCAGAACCUCCGUAUCCCGGUCAAUUGGAUACCGAAACUCAUGAGCCAGCUACAGACCUUGCUGGCGUUGAAUUUCAGAGUCACUCUACUGUGGGGCCUUCUUCAACGAUUGCAAUGGAGAUUGAGCGGUCCCCUACACCGCUGCCGGAGUUCAUCUUGAACGAAGACCGCCUAUCCGAGCUCAGGCAGGUCCUCCGCGAUCGCACCGACACGCUCAACAUUGAACAACUCGAGCAGUUACGCGCGACAUGUCUCGGAUGCGUCUGGCGACAUCGAACGGAAUGGGACCGGACUGAGCUCAUGUAUGAGUUGGUUGGGGUGGUGGAAAGAUUUGUGAGAGAGGUAUCAUUAGACGACAUGGACUCGCCAUCAUCGCCAGGACUAUAA